GGGUCGCUACAGGAUCUUUGCUGGUGUCAUGGCCGCGGCGGAUGGAAGCGGCGGUUGUAGCGCCGUGCGCGCGCCUUGGUUGGUGGAGCAGGCGCGCGCCCUGAGAGCAGAGAUGAAGAACUUGAGGCAGGAAGUCAACAAGGCUGUUUAUGUAUAUAAGAAUUCUAUUGAGGAUUUACGAACUCUCCUGCAUAGUUUGAAAAGGGAACCUAUCCAAGAUGAUGUUCCCGUCCAGAAUGAUGCACCUAUCAGAAAUCAAACGCCUCUAUCUUUGGAGAAAGGAAACAUCCAAACUGCACCCAUUGGAUAUAUCGAAUCGUGCUUUUCUACCAAAAAUGGCACACCUCGACAACCAACAAUUUGUGGUUUAUCUCGUGCACGACUUAAAAUUAGCAAGACUGUUUUUACCAAUGCAGAGCAUUCACUCAUGGGCUUGGAACAAUUUUCACAUGUCUGGAUUAUCUUUGUUUUUCACAAGAAUGGACAUCAAAGUUGCAAAGCUAAAGUUAAGCCACCUCGGCUGAAUGGAUUAAAAACUGGAGUAUUUUCAACAAGAAGUCCUCACCGCCCCAAUGCAAUUGGUUUAACACUGGGGAAGUUGGAUAGGAUUGAAGGUGAUGCUCUUUACCUUUCGGGUAUUGACAUGAUACAUGGGACCCCAGUACUGGACAUUAAACCAUAUAUUCCAGAUUAUGACACACCUCGGGUUGACCCAAUAAAUAAUAUAAAUGAGUGUCGGCUGCAUCAAGUGCUUUCUGUGCCAGAUGAGCAAUGCCAAGGAAUAACCAAUCCAAUCUCUGGGAUGGUAACUGAGGAGAGUGAUGAUAAGGAAUCUAUUCCUGUCAAGGUGGCUUCAAAGGUAGCGUGUGAUCGUUCUACUGAAGUGCAAGAACAUUCUCCCAAGGAUGGUAUGUGUCCAUUCAGUAAGAUAAAAGGUGAGAUAGUGGUUGAUGAAGGCAAGAUUGCAAAGAAAUCACCAUCAUUCAUCGGCAAAACUCCCAAAAAGAAGUAUUGUGAACAUCAACUAAGUGAGAAAGUUGAUCGGCCUACUGGAAAAGGGAAUGCUUCUUAUGAAAGUAUACACAAAACUGUGGAGAAAAUCCAAAGUCAACUGGUUCACAGUGACAUUGUAAGCCACAUAACAGAAGAAGACCAGGCAAUUUGUUUCAAACCUGAGAAAUCCGUGGCGAUCAGUCCGAUGAAAAAAACAAAGAACGCUGUUGUUAUUUAUACGCCUCUGAAUAAACUGUCCAAUGGUAAUAUUGCAACGUGGAUAAAACAGUCACCCGUGACUUCUUUAGAUGUUCGAUUCACCCCUCAUGCGGAAAUGGAUUUGCAGCAGUUUCAGGCUCCAGGAGGGUCAGAUCCAGACAAAGUGACAUUGAAAUAUUUCCACUCUGUAGAGGAAAUAAAGUCUGCCAUGGUGGCUGUAUUAUCAGCUGAUCCAAGAUCUAUAUAUCGAAGGAAACAGUGCCAGGACAUGCUCUUUUACUUCACUUUGGAUACUGCCCACGUCACUACUUGGUUUGGAGAUGACUUUACUGAAAUCUUGAGGAUAAAGCCUGUGAAAGAGGAGCCUGAUGUUGGAAUUGUCUGCACUUAAAUUCUUCUAGCUUGAGAACAUUGCACUUUCUGUAAAAUAAUAGAUCUAUGUUAAUGAUCUUCCUGUGAUCAGCCACGAUAUUGAUCCAGCAAUGACUCUAAUUUUACAACCUGCAUUUCCAUUAUUAUUACACUGAAGAUUUUAAUCGUGAGAUUACCAUCCAAAGUGACGGUGCUUAAAAUAUGUUAUAAAUUAACGUGAAGAUCUCAACCUAUAAUUGACUUCAGACUGGAAACAGUUUGUAACCUAUCCCUAAAGUCUUCAGUUGAAUAUAAUAAUUUAUUUUGACAACUCUCAUCAACUGCUGUGAUUGUUUUCAUCUUUGGGUCAGGGCCACAUUUCUGGCAAAAUUGCUGGUUUCCACCAGUAAUUUUAAUUUCAAGUGGUUCGGUUAUUUCAGCUGUCAAUCUCCCCAGGGAUAUAACGUGUAUAUAUAUGUUUCCAUAAAUACGGCAUUCGGUAGUGAAACUGAAGGUCUCCAAACUUCUAGGUUAUUUUCCCGUUGUUUUUUUUCUGCAAUAUUCCCAUUGUUUCAUAUCCUGUAUUUUAAGUAGUAUAGAUCAUGGUGUAUAGCCAAAAUAAUGUGAUGAAGCAAAAAUAAAUAAAUCUGUUUUUACAAAGAAAAGUAUCAGAUAUGUCCCUGUGUUUUCUUGCCUUUUCUUGUGAUAUUUUUCAAGCAGGAUUUCACCAAAUUAUCUAAUUUGUACUAGAAAGAUUACAUUAAUUUUGCAAUUAAAUAACUCUAAACAAGCCAAAUUCUGAUUAUGCUUAUGAAUUUUAUUAUUUAUCACCCGAUUAGAUGGUUUUCUGAUGUCCCACGUUUUUGCAGCAGAACGCGAGUCGUGGUGCCCCUUUGGUCACGUGUGAAAUGUGUCACGUGUGAAGCGUUUUUAUAUUUAUUGUUUCUUUUUUUAUUGCUUAUAUUUUGUGUUUAAGCUUUCCAUUGAAAUACUUAAUAAUGAAUAGAUCUUAAAAUCAUGAAAUAAAUCUAAUUUGCGCACCUAUUUUAGCGAUGCCUCAUUCUGUAAUCCCUCAUGUCAACACUAUUUAUAGCGCUAUAACGGGGUUUUUGCACUCGUGAUUUAAAAAAAAUAUUCAAAACGUGAUUAUAAUGACCCUGGCAUGAACUACGGGCACGUGGUGGUUAUGUGCCGACAUUUUGUAAAGGAGCUUCGAAAUUAAUAAGUGUCCCAUUUUUCACAUUUUGAAAGUAUCAAAUUUUGGUUGACUUUCACCACAAAUUAGCUCAAGGAUCAUUAUGUUUUGCAGGUAAAGCAUGUGCCAUAUAUCUAAUGUCUGUGAUGUCUGUAUGUUCAUUCUUUUUCUUUCAGUGAAUAAAACAAAGCCUGAAGAAAUA